GCGCAGAUAGGAAAUAGUAGUAAUGCUAAUACGGCAUUUGAAUGGAUGUUAAAAUCUGCUAAAAAUGGUUAUGAUGUUGCACAAGACGUUAUUGGGAGAUAUUACGAAGAAGGUUUUGGCGUCACACAAAAUUUUGAACAAGCAUUUAAGUGGUAUUUGUUAGCUGCUGAAAAUGAUAAUAGUAAUGGCCUAGUUAAUGUUGCAAGGUGCUGCGCAGAAGGCAUUG